CUAAAACAGACAAUACCCUGUAGCUCUGAGAUUUUACAGAGUCAACCUUUGCUAUUGAAUGGAUUAUUUUUCUAAAUACAACAUAAAGAAUCCAGGAUUUAAAAAUAUCAGAUUCAAGAAUUGCUCCGCUGCACCAACAAUACUGUUGGUCAGCAAUUCUCAAGAGACUAAUUCUUGAAUCCUGGAGCAAAUCAGUAUUUAAUUCCUCUCAUUCUCCACUGGGGGGCUUCUUCAUUUUUACUGGGCUUGAUCUCUGUCGUGGAUUGAGACAAGCCUAGAUGACUGUACAUGAAGCUAGCAACAGCUCCGAGUGGAGUAGAGAGCAAGAUAAGGCAUUUGAGAAUGCCCUUGCAACAUAUCCUGAGGACACCUCAUAUCGGUGGGAGAAAAUCGCGGCUGAUGUGCGUGGUAAAACUUUGGAAGAGAUUAAACAACACUAUGAGCUUUUAGAGGAUGAUGUUAACCGGAUUGAGUCUGGUUGUGUGCCUUUACCUGCAUAUAGUUCUUCUGAGGGUUCAACAUGCCAUGCUGGUGAUGAAGUAACUAGCAAGAAAGGAAGCGACCAUUUAGGGCAUUUUAAUAGUGAGUCAGAUCAUGGGAGUAAGAAUUCAAGGUCAGACCAGGAACGUCGUAAGGGGAUUGCUUGGACAGAGGAUGAGCACAGGUUAUUUCUUCUUGGUUUGGACAAAUAUGGGAAAGGUGACUGGCGAAGCAUAUCCCGGGACUUUGUGGUCACAAGAACGCCAACACAAGUUGCAAGUCACGCGCAAAAAUAUUUCAUUCGCUUAAACUCCAUUAACAAAGAUAGGAGGCGAUCUAGCAUCCAUGAUAUUACUAGCGUGGGCAAUGGAGAGAUUCUAGCGACCCAAGGACCAAUCACUGGUGAACCGAAUGGUGCAGCAACUGGAUGUUCCUCCGCAAAAUCAGCCAAACAACCCUCUCAGCAUCCUGCUGCAUCACCAGGUGUUGGCAUGUAUUCUUCUCCAACUAUAGGGCAGCCAAUAGGAGGGCCCCUUGUCUCAACAAUUGGCACGUCAGCUAAUCUUCCUGCCCCGCCACAUUUAGCUUAUGGAGCAGUGGUUCCUAGUGCACCGAUGAACAUGGGUCCUGUCAAAUACUCAAUGCCUCAUAAAUCUGAUCAUAGGUGAUGUGGUGUUUUGCCGCUAAAUGUACAAAGGAUAGCAGGCAUGCUUGCUUGUGCCGACAUGGGGUUUCUGGGUUUUCCAUUUUAGCCGGAAUAAGAUUUUAUUAUUUGCAAGCACAGGUUGCGUCUGUCAUUUGGUUUAAUCUAAAUAAGCCAUAGGGAGAGAACUUCCAUGUACCUGUAUAGGCAACUGUGGAGAAAGAAAAUGUUAAAUAUGGCAGAUUUAUGAAUUGCUCAUCAUUUUCGCAAGAAAA